AUGUCGAAACGGAUCCAGUCGUUCUUCCCGGUAGACACUGCCACAAAAAGACCAAAGUAUGAAGCAGAUAGCCUUCCGACGAGUCAGCAUGCGACGUAUCCCUUUCCCAUCCGCAAUCUGCCGUCGCACAUCGCAAAACCACUGUCGAAUCUGGCCUCCCAAACGCCUCCCAAGAAGAUCGACAACAGACCUCACCUCGAUCUGCUCUAUUUCCAGCCAUUGAUCUCUUCUCCUCUCGCGCGCGACUUGUUUUGCUUUCUCCGAAAUGAAUUGCCCUUUUACCGCGUGCAAUACGCCAUCCGCCGCGGUCCAACCGAGUCGCAAAUCACCACUCCACGAUUUACAACUGUUUUCGGCGUCGAUGAGACGGCAUAUUUUGUCCCUGAUCCUGGAGCGUUACCCGGCGACGCAGCGUCUAUGCUUUUGGUCGAUCGCAAGUCCGACAAACCCGUCCCCAGCGACAAGUACCAGUAUGCGCCGCGCCCGCUGCCCGCCUGUCUGGAUGUCCUGCGACAAUGCGUGGAAGCAGCAACAGCCGAUGGAACAACGUAUAAUUUCUGCUUGGUGAAUUACUAUGCGUCGGGCGACGACAGUAUCUCGUAUCACUCGGACGAUGAGCGUUUCCUCGGCCCGCAACCCACAAUCGCGUCGUUGUCGCUGGGCGCUUCGCGCGAUUUCCUGCUGAAGCAUAAGCCUGUCGCAGGGGAGGGCAAAGAAAAGGUGGAUACAACACCGCUGAAGUUCAACCUGGCUGCCGGGGAUCUGAUGGUCAUGAGAGGCGAGACGCAGGCAAAUUGGCUGCAUAGCAUCCCCAAGCGCAAAGGCAGCCAUGCACCUCAGGGUCGUAUCAACAUUACGUUUCGUAAGGCCAUCGUGCCAGAAGGUACUAACAAUUACUAUAAUUAUAAUGUUGGGAAGGGGCCGGUCUAUCGGUGGAAUCAGGAUCGAGGAGAGAUGGUGGAAGUUGGGACUGACUAG